AUGAUACCAUUAACGAACUUCUUCAUUGAGCGUCGCUCGACUCUGGCGGCGGUGGACUUCUUCGAUCAUAGAGCCAUCACCACGAUGAAUAAUCAGACCUUACCAGAAGCGCAGCAGAUCGUUGGGUCGGGGGCCAUCUUGGCUACCCCAGAGAAGGGAACUCUGAUCCAUGCGGACAGCUUUAACCACCCUGGCGCAUACACGUCUGGUGAUGAUACUCCAACGGAUGAAGAGUUGCACACUCUUCGUCGAGUCGCUGGACAUGUUCCAAUAACUGCUUACGGACUUUGCGUCGUCGAGUUCGCUGAACGUGCCUCAUUUAUUGGUGUCAAACAAGUUUUCAGCAAUUUCGUCAACCGUCCUCUUCCCGUAGGAGGCAACGGAGCUGGCGCACCACCACGUGGGACUCAACAAACUGCCGGUGCCUUAGGAAAAGGAACCGUUGUCGCCGCUGCUGUGACAUCUUCUUUCGGCUUCCUAACUUAUGCUCUUCCAAUGCUUGGAGGAUGGCUUGCAGACGCAAAAUGGGGUCGUUUCAAGACCAUCGCUGUAGGUAUUGCGAUUUGUGGUGUUGCUCACGUAAUCAUGGUGGUUGCUGCUAUCCCCUCGGUCAUUCAGGCAGGGCAUGCUGAAGGACCAUUUUUACUCUCCCUAUACAUUCUCGCUUUCGGUGCAGCACUUUUCAAGCCCAAUAUCUCCGUUGUUAUCCUUGAUCAGAAUCCUCACAAUAGACCUGUCACUCAAACACUGGAAUCUGGAGAGAAAGUUGUCAUCGACCCAGAGGCAACUACAGAGCGAAUGAUGUUGUGGUUUUACCUACUCAUCAACAUCGGUGGAUUUAUGGGUGUCCCAACCUCUUAUCUAGCUAAAUACGUUGGAUUUUGGAGCUCCUUUUUGGUUCCGGGCAUCAUAUACUUCAUGCUCCCUGCGCUUCUUUGGUGGCUCCACCCAAGAUUGGUGCUACACAAACCAGGUGGAAGUGAUCUUGGGAAUGUCAUCAAAGUUGUUGGUAUGUGCUUAAAGCGUAACGGAUUCAGCAAAAUUGGACGAACUGGCUUUUGGGAGGCUGCUAAGCCGUCCGUAAUUGCACAAAGCAGUAACCCUGUGACUGUUUCAUGGGACGAUCAAUUUGUCAGAGACACUCAGCGGACUUUCCAAGCUUGCGACGCUCUAAGUGUAAUGCUGACUACAAAUGGCGUACCAAACGAUCUUAUCGGCAAUUUCAAUCCUCUCGUGAUCAUUCUCGGGGUUCCACUCUUCGACUAUGUGCUUUACCCGAUGCUUCGAAAAUACAAGAUUCACUUUGGACCAAUUGCUCGUAUGACAACGGGAAUGGUGAUCUGCUCUAUCGGAUCAAUUGGGUGGGCAAUUAUCACUCACUACGCUUAUAUCACAGGACCCUGCGGUGACCAUGCCUCGAGUCUUACCUGUGUCGACGCCGACGGAGUCUCAUUAGUUUCACCAAUUAACAUCUGGUGGACUGCUAUUCCAUUAUCCAUCACAGCUCUCUGCGAAAUUCUAGUAAAUGUUACCGCCUACGGAAUCGCUUACUCUCGUGCGCCAAAAAACAUGCGUGGAUUGGUCAGCGCCAUCAACUGCUUCAUGUCUGCCAUUCAAUACGCUGUUAACCUUGCAACCGCACCAGCUAUUUCCGACCCACAUAUUGUAUGGGCAUUUGCUGGUCCAAGUAUCGUUGGUAUGGUUUCUGCAAUCGCCUUCUGGUUCAUCUUUAAGGAUUUGGAUACGGAGGAGUACGUCGUUCGCAACGAUGAUGAUCACAACUUGGCCGUCAACACUCCCAGUGCCAAAAUCUCUGACGAGGAGUCUUAUCAUGGAGCGAGCUCAAAGGCCCUCGACAUUGGUGACGACAGCAAAAUGAGGCACCGGAUGAGCAUUCAAGAAGAGAGAAGUGUGUAA